CUUCCCGUCCCGCAGCGCUGCAACAAAAUGUCGGGUGUUUUCCGUAUCGGAGUGCGCCUGGUGAAGGGUGCGCCGGUGGCCGGUUCACCGGUCAGUCCGUUCUUCAUCGCGGCACGCAACAUUUCCGGCAAAACGCUGCGCGGUUCGAAGCUGAGCAAGCCGAAACCGUUCCCGUACCUGGAGAAGCAGUACACGGCACUGAAUGCCUGUAUGGACGUGCUGACGAAGAACACGACCAGCCGAUUCGAUGAAAACACCAAGGUCGUUGUGGUGGACGGUCCGAUCGCGGCAGGUAAAUCUGCUUUCGCGAAGGAGCUUGCAGCCGAGCUGGAAAUGAAAUACUUCCCGGAGGUAACGAUGGACAACUACUACAUCAAUCCGUACGGUUACGAUCUGCGUCAGCUCGAUCCUCAGCUGCCGGUCAACAUGCAAAGCUUCGAUGUGACGAAAUUCCACCAGAACCCAACCCAUCGCAAUGUGGCCACGUUCCAGGUGCGCAUGAUGGUGGAACGUUUUUCGCAGUACGUGGACGCACUGGCCCAUCUGUUCAGUACCGGUGAGGGUGUUGUGCUGGACCGUUGCGUGUACUCUGACUUUGUGUUCAUGGAAGCGAUGUUCCGUAAUGGAUACAUCUCGAAGGGAGCCCGGUCGGUGUACUAUGACAUCGUGAAGAAUACCUUCUGCGACUUGAUGAAGCCUCAUCUGGUCAUUUAUCUGGACGUUCCGGUGAAUGUGGUGAAAGAUCGCAUCAAGAAGCGUGCAAAUCCAGCCGAAGUCGGAUCAAAGGCCCUUACCGACCAGUAUCUGAAGGAUAUCGAAACGAUCUACAAACAGCAAUAUCUGAAGGACAUAAGCACGCACGCCGAACUGCUGAUCUACGACUGGUCGGACUACGGUGAGACGGAGGUCGUUGUCGAGGACAUUGAGCGUAUCGAUUUCGAUCGGUUCGAUAAGGAUGAUCCGAAGAUGCGCGACUGGGUAAUGGAGAACGAAGAGGACUGGACCGAGGCCCGGUGCCGGUACAUGAACAAACCGGACCUGUUGAAUUCGAUGAACGUUCCACGGUUUGACGUUCCCGAGCUGACCGUCUCGCCGGACGACUUUAAGGCCUGGUACGAUGUUUGGUUCUCCGCACCGGGUAUGUCCUACCGCAAGGGCUACAACGAAGAGUGCGGCGAUACUGGCAUCCUCACCAAGAUGAAGACAGACUUCCGCAAUACCCUGUAAAAUAUGUAAUCCUUCUUUCGGAGGAGACGCGCAGUGUAAUAAAAUUAAAUUGUUAAUCCUAAAA